GCCGUCGCGAAACGCGAAACAGGACGAGAGUGCGGCGACGCGCACUCCGGUGCGCGUGCACUCGCCGUCCGUCCGCGCGCUGCAAUAUGAGUCAUAUCUGUCAAAACGUCAAAACCAUGUUAGAUGCGUGGGUGUGUAUGAUCAGGGUAUUCAUUCAACUCUUCGGCGGCAGUACUGAUGCUGACGUUUUUGUGCUAAUAAAAUUCAAGAUGUUGAGAUUCGCGGAAGCGCGUCGUCGGGAAAUCUUUCAGACGUGCAGGGCGAACUCGGCCGGAGUCAAGUGUAUAGUCCGGCGACAAAGAAGAAACGGAGCAGUCGGGACAGUGGUCGGCGCGCGGCUCGCUACGCUCCUGUGGAACGGCGCCGCGGGCGCGUGCGCAAGUUCGAAAUUGGCCAAUCGGCGCGCGCGGCCGGCACCGUGGCGGUGGCAUCGUGGGGGCUCGCUCGCGCCCUCGGUAUCGCCGUGCCGGCGUUACCGCGUCCAUUUUGUCGAAGCAUACGGUCCCGGUUAG